AUGGCAGUGAAACGGGAUGACGUUGAAAGUAUUCCAAAUCUGAAGCCGCUCAGCAAAGGAGAAGGAAAUGAAAGGCUUAAAUUGAAAAUUGUCGACUUUGAUGCCGAAAUACUGCGCAUGAAUUAUGAGGCAUUGGGCUGCACACAGAGAAUGGUCGCCGAGUUAGAGAAAAUGAAUGAGGAAGGAGUCAUGACAUUGUCGGCUCUAGAAAACCAAGAUGGUGAGAAUCCUUAG